GUCUGGCACAUAAGGGCCACGUUGUGAACACCUGCUGCGGGGACCAGCCUGCCGCUUCCCACCCCUCCCCGCACCCAAGCGAGACCUCAAGUUGACCUUCCACCCCGAAACUUUCCUCAGCCAGCGCAGCCACCGGCCGCCCAGUACGCAGGCGCGAGAAGGCGGGGCCCAACUCACGGCAGCCCCGCCUUCCGGGCGUGUAGACGUCACUGGACCGCGCCGCGCAAUAUCUGACGUGCCUGCGGCCCGCCUUCCGGAAGGAAACCCUGGCGGCUAACUAUGGCGACGGUGGCGGAGCAGUGGGUGCUGGUGGAGAUGGUCCAGGCGCUCUACGAGGCUCCUGCUUAUCAUCUUAUUUUGGAAGGAAUUUUAAUACUCUGGAUAAUCAGACUUCUUUUCUCUAAAACUUACAAGUUACAAGAACGAUCUGAUUUUACAGUCAAGGAAAAGGAAGAAUUGAUUGAAGAGUGGCAACCAGAACCUCUUGUUCCUCCUGUCUCAAAAGACCAUCCUGCUCUCAACUACAACAUCGUUUCAGGCCCUCCAAGCCAUAACAUUGUGGUGAAUGGAAAAGAAUGUAUAAACUUUGCCUCAUUCAAUUUUCUUGGACUGUUGGAUAACCCUAGGCUCAAGACUCCUGCUUUCAAGAAUUAAGAUUCAGUUUGAUUUCAGAACUCCUUGGAAAAGGUACCCUUAAUGAGUUGUGGUAAUAAGCUGGCGAACUUUCUAGAUUUUGUGUUUGAGAUCAUUGGUAGGAGCUGCACUGGUCUGGGGCUGACUGUCCCUGUGGAGAAGAGCCAUAGGUACCUAAGGCACACUGUCUCAGUAGGGCGAAGCCCGAGCUCUUGCUGCAUUUGCCCCAGGAGACAGUGGUGUGAGGAAACUGUUUCUGCCGGGCAUGACAGUUGUAAGGGGAGGCGUCCGGCUGUGAGUGGCUCUGCUCUUGGUAGUCGUGCAGGAGCCCAGAUUCUCCCUGUCUCGUUGCUCUAGGCCUGAGGGCACCAUCUUUGUCUGUGUGGCCGAAGCCAGGUGAUGAGUAUGGGGGAGCAGGCGUGCAGGGCAUGGGUACCUGUUCAGGUGGGCGGGUGGGGUUGCUCAUCAUUCUGCCCACAUUCUGUUGGUGAGAACAUAACCCAGGUCACGUCUCCCAGCAGAGGGGCUGGAAAGUUGCUCUAGCUGGGCGGCCACCACGUGCCGGGAGGAAAGUGAGAACGGAUUUGGGGGAUGGGGCAGGUCAUACACUGUGUAGCCCUUUUCUUUCUGGAAUGAAGACAAAGGAUCAUUGAUUUCCUUGUGUGUGAAUGACCUGGAGAUGGGCUAACUACAUAUUAGGAUGAGAGUGUGAUUUCAAACACUAUGAACUCCCUAAAUCAGAGUCAUCAAAGAAGACCCUGGAAUUUUUAUGGUGGUUUUUUAUUAAACGUAUAUUGUUCUUUGCUUCUGAAAAUUUCAAAAAUGUUGUUAAAUAAUUUUCCAAAUGAGUGUAUUACUGGAAAUAACAUUCUGGUUUACAAAAUGUCAGAGGGUAGGGACAAUGGGGCCAGGGAAGUCUCUUUUGUCUUCUCUACUUAUUUUCAUUUCUGGGUCUUUGUUGUUUUCACUUUAACAGUUAAGAUGUUUUUAUUUAAGGGAGCACCUUUCUUUAUCCCUUAGCUAAUUUAGUGGUUAAAUUAUUUUUAUUGGAAACAGAUGAUGGGAGUUGGUGUCCAAGAAUCCUACAGCUGGAAAGGAUCUUUAAAAUCUUGUAUUCCAGCAUCCCAGCUAGUCAGAAGAAUAGAAAGCUCAGAGAGGUUAAGUGACUUCCUCAUGGUCACAUAGCUAAUUAAUUUCAGCCCUAAAACUAGAAAAUAAGUAUUCUGAUUUGCAAUAUUAAUGGCAAGCUCAAAGACUUAAAAGAGCUCAGAUCAGAGGCUCCCUCUUUCCUCUAGCCUAGUGCAAACAUGAUUUGUUUGCCUGCUUUUUAUUGGUAGGGUAUUAUUUCCUUCAUAAGAAUUAGAAAACCAGAAAAGGCAUUUUUUUUACAGGGUUGUUUGUUGUAAUCUGAUCGACAAGGCUUUCUUUCCAUGAUCUGCUUGCGGGGUAAAGAAAUUUUUUCUUGAAAGCCUCUCUUUCUAGUAGAUUUUAUUUGCAUGUGUGGCCUUGGCUCUUGCUCGGGAGUUAAAUCUGAGAAGACCGAUAAGAGAUUUAUUGCUAAAUUUAGUGGAAAAAAAGUUUCAAAUCUUCAAGACCAGUUUUCCCAGAGCUAUGGAAAUAUGUUGUUUUAAUUGCCCAGUCAAUUUUUCAUUUGGGUCACCUGAAAUACGUGUAAUAGGAUGCUGUGUGCCUCUAAACUUGGGGAGGGGGGUCGUUAAAUUAAUGAUUUAAAAAUUUUUUAAGUUAAAUAUAGUUGACAUACAAUAUUAUGUUAGUUUCAGGUAUACUAUAUAGUGAUUUGACAUGCAUGCAUUAUGAAAUGAUCACCAUGGUAAGUCUAGUAACUGUCUGUCCCCAAAGUUAUUACAAUAUUUUUGGCCAUAUUCCUUAUGCUGUAUGUUACAUCACCAUUGCUUAUUUAUUUUAUAACUGGAGCUUUGUACCUCUUAAUCCCCUACACCUAAUUUUCCCCACCCCUGAUCCCCUUUCCCUCUGGCAACCACCCCUUUGUUCUGUGUUUCUAUGAGUCUGUUUUCAUUUUGUUUUAUUUUGUUUGUUUUGUUUUUUAGAUUCCACAUAUUAGUGAGAUCAUAUGCUAUUUGUCUUUCUCUGUCCAACUUAUUUCACUUUUCAUAAAACCCUCUUGAUCCAUCCUAAAUUAAUUUUCUUGAUUGAAUAAUUCAAUCCAUGAUAUAAACCUCAAAGAUUUAAAGAGAUAGUGAAGUCUUCUCCCCACUGCCAUUCCACCCCCAAAAAAGCCAGCUGCUAUCAGUAGUUUCUUGUUCAUUCUUCCAGGCUUUUUUCAGUGUGUGCAAACCACUUCCAUACAUUUUCCCCCCCGUUUUACAAAAAUGGUAGCAUACCACAUACGUGUGGUGUGCUGUUCAAGUGCGUUUUAAAUUUAAAUUGGAUUUCAUCUUUCAAGUGUCUGAAUAGGCCACCAGAGUCAAUAUAAUGAACACAUAAUUGUGUAUUAGCUACUCUGAACUACUUAUUGGUCACUGUGUCAUCCUUAUCCUAAUGUAGUAGAAGGUUCAAACAGACUGUGGUAUCUGGACAAAGGUUGAAGGUUAAUUGGCAGUGUGAUGGUUUUGUAAUAAGACACCAAACCUACAGCUUGGAGUAAUGUGUAUUGUUUUUUGAGUACAUUGUCCUUCCUGUAAACUUGUUUUGUUCCUUUUCAGCAGUUGCCCAUGCUUGCUUAUCAUCUUUUUUCCUUUCUUUAUGUGUAUAUCGUAUGUAUUUUUACUUGGUUUUCCAACAGGGUAUUUUCUGUGUUUUUCCUUAUUCUGGAACUAAUCACUUAAAUUACUGUAGUUGUGUUAAAUUACCUUGAAAUUUCAGUGUUAGAUAAGUUCAAGAAGCUACUUGAGGUCAGCUAAGGCUAUAUUUUAAAUCUCUAAAAUACCCUUGGGACUUCCCUGGUGGCACAGUGGUUAAGAAUCCGCCUGCCAAUGCAGGGGACACAGGUUCGAGCCCUGGUCCAGGAAGAUCCCACAUGCCACGGAGCAACCAAGCCUGUGUGCCAUGACUACUGAAGCCCGUGCACCACAACUACUGAAGCCCGCGUGCCUAGAGCCUGUGCUCUGCAACAAAGAGUAGCCCCCACUCGCCACAACUAGAGAAAGCCUGCGCACAGCAACGAAGACCCAACACAGCCAAAAAUAAAUAAAUAAAUUUAUUUUAAAAAUAAAAAAAAUAAAAUACCCUCUAUAAUUCAAUUAUUCUGAAUAUUUAGGGUACGUUUGCCCUUUGUACUGAGCAUUAAAGCAGAAGUGAACUUCCCUUUCCUCUCAUUUUAGUAGCUUACAUGUGAGGCUAGGGUCUCUUUCCCAGGCCCAACCAAAAGGUUGCUUUUGAUUUUGGCUUUUUCUUUUCCUGGAAGUACUAAUAUCACUCAGGCAUCUGUUUUCAGUGAUGAAAAUGCUCCCUCUUUUAGCUCUUUUCUCAACUUUUCAGAUAGUGAAUGAAAAUCACUUAUUGGAAAAGUAAAUUUCCUUAUUAAAACAUUUUCUGUUUAUUAUUUCAUAGUAACAUAAUAGAUGAUACUAGAUGAUUAACACAGAAAAAGAAAAUUGACAGUUGAAUUAAAAUUCUUCUAGUUUCUUAGGCUAAAUGUUCUCCUGCCUCCUGAAGGCCCAGCAGGUUCUUAAAAUAGUCUUGUGAGGACUGUGUGGAUCCGAAGUUUUCCACCUUCUCAUCUUAUUGUUUUAAUGUGUAGUUUAGAAUCAGUCAAGUGAUUUUAUCAGGUUGUGGAGCCUUCCUUUCCUCUAAGGCUAAUGGGGCCCCUAUGCACUUUGAUAGUUUCUCUUGUUGAACCUCUCUGAUUGUUUUGUUUGUAAUGCAUUCAGAUCUCAUUUACAUGUGGUUUAUCCCUGUGCCUGGGAUCUGCUUUGCAUACAUGAUGCCUACUUGACUCUUUGGUCUUAAACUAAAUCAAAAGACAAUUAGUGGCAGAGUUUCAUGGUGAGAGAUAGUGGCAUGUAAUUGUGUUCUAGAGCCAAUAGUAAACAAUUGUUCAUUUGUUUAUUUUAAAAAAUAUUUUCUCUCUGUUGUAGGACCAUGACUACAUGUUUUAGUAGGAAGGGCAUUUGGUCAUAAAAUUCCUAGA